ACGUGGAUUAGACCGUACCGCAGCGGGAGGAACACGGCCAUCAAAACAAAAGAUCUUCGGUUACUUAGCGAUUUCCUUCCAAUUUCCCAACUCCAAUUUCGAGAAAUUGUGAUUUGCGAAGCGAAUUCCAGCAGAUCAACGGGUUUGCUUCAGCGAAUCUCUCCCACACUGUUGAUUCUUCUCUCCGGAUCCACAAGCCCGAGUCCGACGCAGGGAUGUAUUGAGCUCUGCGUUUGAGAUCUGAUCCAUAUUUUUCAAUACUAUCUUUCUCUCCGCCACCUACAAGCAUGGGGAUUUUGUUUACUCGGAUGUUUUCUUCACUUUUCGGCAAUAAGGAAGCUCGGAUCCUUGUUCUUGGCCUCGAUAAUGCCGGCAAAACUACCAUUCUCUAUCGGCUCCAGAUGGGGGAGGUUGUCUCGACAAUUCCAACAAUUGGAUUUAAUGUUGAAACUGUGCAGUAUAAUAACAUCAAAUUCCAGGUCUGGGAUCUUGGAGGACAGACUAGUAUCAGACCAUACUGGAGAUGCUAUUUUCCAAAUACUCAAGCUAUAAUCUAUGUGGUUGAUUCAAGUGAUACUGAUAGGCUGGUGGUAGCGAAAGAAGAGUUUCAUGCAAUACUUGAGGAAGAAGAGUUGCGGGGUGCGGUUGCCCUAGUUUUCGCUAAUAAGCAGGAUCUUCCUGGUGCACUUGAUGAUGCUGCAGUCACAGAGGCUUUAGAGUUGCACAAGAUCAAGAACCGCCAAUGGGCUAUAUUUAAAGCUUCUGCUAUAAAAGGAGAAGGUCUUUUCGAGGGAUUGGAUUGGUUAAGUAACACUCUCAAGGCCGGAGGUGGCUAACUCAUACCAACCAAGUGAAGAAUAUUUGAGGCACCCAGUUGACGCAUACGGUGUUUAAGCGUUAUGACUUGCAGAAGAGAACUCAUUUGUCCGAGCGAUUUCACCAGUUUUUACUUGUUUUUGGUCACAAUUGUUUUUUAGGGGAACUUCUGGUAUACAUGUAAAAUUGCUUUCAUUAAAGAUGGUGACCACUGGAGUCUUCACUGACUCUAUUUUUCUUGUUUCCCCAUCUUUAAUUUCUGUGAUUUGGAGCAUAUUUGUUACAUUAUUUCUUAUUCAGGGAUUACCUCUAAAAUUGUCCUUUUCAUCACCAUUGUUAUUCCCUUCAAGAGGAUAUUAUACUUUAAAGCCAAGAAUGCACUGUAUUGGUGCUCUGACCAUCUUCAACUUGCUGCUGAAAGGAUGCGAGAACAUUUGAAGAAAGAAUUUAAUGUCCUACCCCGAGUGGAAUUCGAUAACCGAUCCAUUUAUUGUUCCAACUUACUAUUAACCAAUCAUGUCUUAGGUUUUUUUUUGGGUAUAACAUGUUGGGGUUGGGGGAUUGAACUUACAAUUUAUUGAUUGAAGAUCUAUGUCAAUUAUCGUUGAGGUACGUUCGGGCCAA